UUAGUUUUGCGUGUGUGUGUAUUUGUAUGCUUUUGUGAGGGCUGUGUUAACGACACACCAUGGGAGUGUGUGAGUCAGAGGCUAAAAUUGAGGUUUUGUGAGGGCUGUGUUAACGACACACCAUGGGAGUGUGUGAGUCAGAGGCUAAAAUUGAGGUUUUGUGUAACGGAAAAUAAAUACAACACACGGCAUUCAAGUUCACAUUGUAAGAUGUACACACACACAAGUACAAAGUAGUGCAAACUAAUCUACGGUGAA